AUGGGUCAGCACUCCGCUAUCUGGCAAGGCUAUGUCGAUUCCAGCCUGAUGGGAUCCGGCCAAUUUGACAAGGCCGCCAUUCUGAGCCACGACAUCUCCGGCGUUGAGGCUUCCUCGCCGGGCUUCUCGAUCUCCCCGUCAGAGCUCCAGGGCCUGGUCUCUGCUUUCGCGAGCACCGACAACGCCUGGGGCAGCGGUAUCACCGUCGGCGGAGAGAAGUUCGUCACCAUCAAGGCCGACGAGCGCAGUCUGUAUGGCAAGAAGGGUAAGGAGGGUAUCGUUGUCGUGAAGGCCGUGUCCUGCGUGAUGGUCGCCCACCACGCCGAGAACGCGCAGACCACGAACGCCGCCACUGUCGUGGAGAACCUCGUCGACUACAUCAACAACCCCCGGUAG